UCACUUUCAACAAUGACUGAAGGUGUUGUUGAUGAUGGUUCUACGCAAGUGUUACCAAAUAAUAACAAUAAUAAUACAGCUGAAAGGCGGAAAGAUGCACCUGUACGAAGACGGCGUACCGGGGCAUAUAAUAUGGAGCCAACAGAUCAAAUUGUUUUUGAAAAUCAUCGAUUUCUCAGCACUUUAGUGAUUGGUAAAAGGAAGAUAUCUGGAGAAUUAUUACCACCAGGAUCACCCGGCGUUUUUCGACAGAAGUCGUUGGCAUCAUGCGAUCGACCACAACUUACGUUCAGUGGAUGUGCAAGAGUUGCACGACAAUCAAUCGGCAAUAUCGGACACAUUUUGUCACGCAAAAUGGCAGCCACGAGUUCUGUUGCGCCAGUUGUUUGGCCAAAUACAAAAGACGAUUAUGAAUUACGAGAAGUGAUUGGUGUUGGUGCUACAGCCGUUGUUCAUGCAGCAUUGUGUAAACCGCGCAACGAGAAAUGUGCUAUAAAACGUAUAAAUUUAGAAAAAUGGAAUACAUCAAUGGACGAACUCUUAAAAGAAAUACAAGCUAUGUCAAGUUGCCAUCAUGAAAAUGUCGUAACAUAUUAUACAAGUUUUGUUGUACGUGAAGAAUUAUGGCUGGUUUUAAGAUUAUUAGAAGGUGGAAGUUUACUUGAUAUAAUUAAACAUAAAACACGUGUCACAAACUGUAAACAUGGUGUAUUUGAUGAGUCAACUAUAGCUACUGUUCUCAAGGAGGUACUCAAAGGAUUGGAAUAUUUCCAUUCGAAUGGACAAAUUCAUAGAGAUAUUAAAGCUGGAAAUAUUUUGUUGGGUGAAGAUGGUACUGUACAAAUAGCAGAUUUUGGUGUAAGUGCAUGGCUGGCUACGGGUAGAGAUUUAUCACGUCAAAAAGUUAGGCAUACAUUUGUUGGUACUCCAUGCUGGAUGGCACCUGAAGUAAUGGAACAGGAUCAUGGCUAUGAUUUCAAAGCAGAUAUCUGGUCUUUUGGUAUUACGGCAAUCGAAAUGGCAACUGGUACCGCACCAUAUCACAAAUAUCCACCAAUGAAGGUUCUUAUGCUUACUUUACAGAACGAUCCACCAAACUUAGAUACAGGCGCCGAAGAAAAAGAUCAAUAUAAAGCAUAUGGUAAAACGUUUAGAAAAAUGAUUUUAGAUUGUUUACAAAAGGAUCCAACCAAACGACCCACGGCGAGUGAAUUAUUAAAGCAUGCUUUCUUUAAAAAGGCGAAAGAUAGAAGAUAUUUACAACAAACACUUGUAGCCAUUGGACCUAGUCUGGAAACCAGAGUACAAAAGGCUUCAAGACGGCAGCCUGGUGCGAGUGGAAGGUUACAUAGAACGGUAACUGGUGAAUGGGUAUGGUCUUCUGAUGAUGAAGAUGCAUCAAGUGGCUCAGAUAAUGAACGGCCUAUGAACACGUUAGAAGCUAGUAUUGAAUCUUCUGGUAGUGAAUCCGAUUUACAAGUUCAUACAUCGAAUGAAGCACCUCCUGUUAAUUUAGUACUAAGAAUGAGGAAUUCUAAACGCGAAUUAAAUGAUAUUAGAUUUGAAUUUGCUGUUGGCAAAGAUUCAUCAGAAGGUAUUGCUAGUGAAUUAGUUGGUGCAGGACUUGUUGAUGGUAAAGAUAUUAUUGCAAUUGCUACUCAUUUACAAAAAUUAAUUGAUUCACAAGGAGCAUUAAAAGUAGUCACAUUUCCUUUGAAUUCUGGAAGCCAGAACGAAGUACCGGAUGACAAGGCGCUCAUUGGAUUUGCCCAAAUUUCAAUUUCGGAAUAGUUGUUAUUGAUAUUUUUUAUAUCUGAAAUUAAUUGUAUUAAAACAAAAAGAAAAUAUUUUUAAAGAAAU